AUGACGUCACUUCAUCGAAACUCAUUGCCUAUACCUGAUGAACUCGCUGUGGAGAUAUUCUCGAGGCUGCCGUCGAAGGAUAUAGCAAGAUGUCGUUGCGCAUGCAAGCUCUGGUCCUCCAUGCUUCUACGUGAAGAUUUCACAGACUUGUUCUUGACCAAAUCUUCUGCUCGCCCUCAGCUUCUCUUCGCAUGCCAAGAUCACAAUCGUAACUAUAUCUUCUUCUUGUCAUCACCUCAUCCUGAAAAAGAAGAGAACUCGUCUUAUGUUGUUGUAGCCGCCAAUCACAAUCUUGCACGUUUCCCUAGUUCCUCCUACAAGUUAUUUGGUUGUACGAAUGGCUUUUGUUAUGGAGCUAGGCCCAGGUCGAGAAAACCAGUGAUAUGUAACCCCAGCACGGGACAGUACUUGACCUUGCCUAGAUUGAAGUCGAGGAAGUGGUUUGAAGUAGUGGAACGCAGGGGCCAAGAUUCGCCACUGGUGAACAACUAUCUUGGAUAUGACCCCGUUUUUAAAGAGUUCAAGGUAUUGUCAAUGGAACGCUCGAAGAUUUCUGCAAAGCACCAAGUUCUGACAUUAGGAACCAAGAAACUGUCGUGGAGGUUGGUCCAGUGUACCACAGCACAUUAUUCUUCAAAUAAAUGGAUAUCCAUCAGCGGUGUUAUUUACUAUGCAGCUUCAGCCAACAGAUCUUCCGCGAAUUCCAUGGUAGCUUGUUUUGAUUUGAGGGUUGAGAAGUUCAGUUUUGUGAAUUUCGGUAGAACAAUGCAUGAUUCAACAACUCUGGUUAAUUACAAUGGGAAACUGGGUUUGCUUAUGUCUGGAGAUGCUCCUGGUGAGAAUAUUAGUACAACGAGUAAAAGUUUUCAGCUGUGGGUUUUACAAGAUGCUGAAUGGUCCAAGCAUGUAUACAUAUUACCUCCUUCGUGGAAGGAUGUAGUUACAAAAACCAUGUGCUUUGCUGGAAUAAUAGUUGGUACAAACGAAAUCGUCUUAGCACCUUCGCUCCAAAAUGUGCCUUCCUAUGUCAUCUACUUUAAUGUGGAGAGAAAUACGAUAACAAAAGUUGGAAUCCAAGGCAUGGAAGCGUUUCAGGGUAAGAGAUUCAACACCUAUCUCAACUAUGUUGAGAAUGUGAUUCUUCUUUAA